AUGCCCGGCGCAAAAGCCCUCCUGAACCAAGCUGAGGCCCAGUUAGUCCCUUGGGCGAUCGUUACGAGCGGAACGACUGGUCUUGUAACUGGCUGGCUCAAAGUGUUGGGUCUCCCCAAACCGAAGCACAUGGUUCUUGCGGAGAAUGCCCUUAUGGGACGCCAGUCGUUGGGACUUGAAGCAAAAGACACAAAGACGUGCUUUGUCUUCGAGGAUACCCCUGCUGGUAUCAUAGCUGGGAAGGCGGCAGACUAG